UUUCACCCGGGGAGUUUAAAACUAGUCGUCGGCAAGCCGUCAAACACCACAAGCUUUUAUCUAUUGCUUUAAAUAUAUCAUGACUGUGUGUAUCGCGACCCGGGAAAUUUUUAAAUUAGUCAUUGGAAAAAUGUAAUAAAUUUAAUUGCUACAAGUGUGCGCCGAAAUAUUUAUAAUAAAAAUUAAUUUAAUCAAAAGGAUGAUAAAAAAUUUUUUAUCUGAGCAGAUUAUUGUGAAGAAUAAGAAUGUGAAAAAUAAUAUAUAAAUAUAUGAGUUAUUUUAAAAAAUGCGUGUAAUUAAGUGUGUAAAGACAUCGGAAAUCGUGUUACUUUUAUUGUUCUCGCUGUCAAUCAUCCAGGAUGGAUCGUGCAUCAAGUGGCUGGCCUUAGGUAAGACAUCCGACGGAAGAGUUUGGACGCGGGAAUUGUGCACGAGCGCGCGAAGCUCAGGAUUGCUGGAGAGAAAACAAGCGCGAGCAUGUCGGUCUGCUCCAGAUGUGAUGCCAAGUCUCAUACAAGCGGCAAGAGACACCUCCUUUGUCUGCCAACAGGCUUUCAGAAACCGUCGAUGGAAUUGCAGCAGCAUUGAGCGCGCACCUUACUAUACACCAGAGCUGCUUUCAGGAACCCGAGAGCAAGCGUUCGUCUAUGCGAUGUCGGCGGCCGCGGCUGUUUGGAGACUGGCCCGCGGAUGUGCGCUGGGAAAUUUGGCAGCAUGUUCUUGCGCGACACCACCGCGAAGAGAACCGCCGUCGCCUUCAGCACUGACUUCCUCGAGUUCCUUCAUCUCCAGAUCAGCGUCCUUCGACGCGAUGUCCGCGAGAAAUUCCUUCAAAUGGGGCGGGUGCGGAGACGACGUCCGAUCAGCUUCUCGUAUGGCUAAGAGGUUUCUCCAAGGCUCCAGUCCAACUGGUUCUGGAUCGACCAGCAAGUUUUUGCAUGCUGUCAAUAUGCACAACAAUCGCGCUGGUCGAAGGGCAGUAGAGCAAUCGUUAACGCUGGAGUGCAAGUGUCACGGUGUGUCAGGAUCAUGCAGCGUGCGAACCUGCUGGCGAGGAUUGGACUCCAAAGGACCAGCAGCUGCUGGCGUACGACUCUUCCGCAAAUAUGCUACUGCUGCUGAAGUAAGACCCAAAUCGGGCAGUCGUCUGCCACCUCUCUAUCAUCAUGACAAUUUGUUGUACACGACCAAGAGUCCGGACUACUGUCUACCGGACAAGAAAAGAGGAAGUCUGGGCACCAUUGGAAGGCAAUGUAAUGGCAGCAGCGCUGGUUACGAAGGCUGUGAAUAUCUCUGCUGUGGUCGCGGUCAUGUCACCAAGACACGUGAAAUUCUCGAGAGAUGCGAAUGCAAAUAUAUAAGCUGUUGUUACAGUGUAAAGUGUAAAACCUGUAAAAACAUCGUCACCACUUACGAGUGCAAUUAAAUUUAAUUUAACACUCACUCAAUUAAAUUAACACAUAUACAUACCAGUGAUACAACGGACGUUUAUCAAACGAUUCAUUAUUUUAUUUAUUUAUCUUUUUUAUAAAAUUCGUAGGGGUCAAGUAUAAUU